AUGUCCAAAUCUCAAGCAACUUGCCCUUCCAACAUAGCAGGCACAUCAUUACCUCGAUUCGCUAUGGAAAAGAAGAAGAAACGAUUAAACUCAGAUCAACCACCUUCUAUCCCAUUUCCACACGUAUCUGAAGAUGAUAUUGGAGUAGAUUUAGAUGAACCCACAUCUCCUCCUAAAUCUAGUACAACUUCUAAGCCACUUUCUUUCUUAUAUUCCUUAUUUCAAGCUCCAUCUGCUUAUGUCGAAUCAUCAUCCAUGACUCUAGAUUCACCAGCAUACUUUCAGUCCAAUCUAGAAGGUCCAAGAAAUUGUGUCUCAUUGGUUAAUUACGACGAUGAACAAGAAGGUGAAAAGCAAUUCCAACUUCAAAACCUUACUAAUAGCUCUGCAGUACAAGAUAAUCAAGAUGAGGAUACAACGAUCCAGACGGUACACAUACCUUCCAGUGAAGGAUUGAUAUUUGAUGAUGAACUAAAUGACAUGUAA